GAGUGCAACUGCAGUUUUUGUCGACCCUGACGAAAAUUACAAAGUAAAAUCCUUGGCAGAUGAUGAAUACAAGGGUUGGCAGAUGUUCAAAGUUUACCAUCCACCGAGUUCACAAUACAAAUAUGAAAACGCAUACCCAAAAUACGAGUUUGAAUACGCCGUAUCCGACAGGAAGACUGGUGAUCACAAAACCCACCGCGAGUCACGUGAUGGCGACCGCAUUCGUGGCGAAUACAGCCUUGUUGAACCCGACGGUUCGCUGCGGAAGGUGCAGUACCACGCCGACGACCACAAUGGAUUUAGCGCAGUAGUCAGCAAAGGAGCCCUUAAGCAUGGAGAUCAUGCAUUCUCAGUUUUUGGACACACUAGACAUUUCUAUCCUAUUGGACAUGGCAUUAAAAUAAACCACUACUUUCCAGAAAAAGGUCACCCUAACCCAAACGUCCAGAAAACUCAGAAUACAAUUACAGAAGCAGUAAACAAUAAACCAGUGCAGGAAACUGAGGUAGAAUCUACACCAAUCCCAAAAGAUGAAUCAAAAUUAGUUUUGGAUGAUUCCAGUGACAAAUUAGUGCUAUUCAAGGCUGGAAAUACCGAUAUUCCUUUUAAAGAAGAAGUUCCAGCAGCUAAUAAUGAACCAGCAGAAGAAGCUCCGAUUGCAGUAAUUCCUACUGUUGUGUCAAUGAUUUUAGGUAAUACAGAGAAAGUCACCAUUGAUGAUCAGAAUGAUCUGCUUGAGCAAAAUCAAGAAGAUGUUCAAUCAUUAGGACAGACGCCGGCCUCAGAAAUUUAUGAGGGCCCCAGUUUAGAAGCGGAGUCUGGUGGGGAAAUCAACGAAAAGAAGGAAGAAACUAAUGAUGAUUCUGAAGUAGCGUCAUCUUAUUAUCAUUCAAAAUUCUACUAUUUUUAUUAA